GACGCGAGGAAUCUACAAGCCGACAAGAUGAGAUCCAAGGCGAGGGCGAGAAAACUGGCCAAAAAUGACAGUGAGGCAGUAGACAGCAUGUACGACACAGAGCCCAAUCUCGUGACCGGCGAGAGCGCAGAAGAGGAGACAGAAGAUGGCGUCAUGUCCCCCAUUGCGGUGGGGCCCACGUCCCCUCAGCUCUGCAAUGAGGACUUCACUCCUAAAGAGGGCUCACCCUACGAGGUGCCCGUCUACAUUCCCGACGAUAUUCCCAUCCCUGCCGACCUGGAGCUCCGCGAGUCGUCCGUACCAGGGGCUGGCCUAGGAAUCUGGGCCAAAGUCAAAAUUCACAUGGCAGAACGCUUCGGACCAUACAACGGACUGCAGAGCGUCAUGGUGAAAGAGACCACUUAUGGAUGGGAGCAAAUGCUGAAUGAUCAUGAAACGUCGUCUCAAGACAGCUGUAUUAAAAAGGUAAUGGACAACAUGGGUAAUGUGAAGUUCUGUCUGGACGGGGCUCUGGAGGACAGCGGGAGCUGGCUCAAAUACGUGCGCACUGCCCCGUCCCAUGAAGAGCACAACCUGGCCAUAUGCCACAUCAGCGAAGAUCAGAUCUAUUAUAAAGCUAUUAGAGAUAUUGAAAUAGGGGAGGAGUUACUGGUUUACAUGAAGGACGGAGUUUUCCCCGAGGGCUCAAUGGCACCGAACCUGGAAGAUGAGCAGAUGUACCGCUGUGAACACUGUGAUGAGCUCUUCACAUCGAAGCUGGAGUUACGGCGGCAUCAGAAAUACUCCUGCAGUUGCAGCAACUCGAUGUUUGACUCACUAAGCGAAGACUUUAAACAGGAGCACGAAGACAGCGAUGAGCCGGUGCACGAGUGCAAAGACUGUGAAAAGAUCUUCCCUAGCGAGUACAGUCUCGGGCAGCACAUGAUCGUACACACAGAUGAGAGAGAGUAUAAGUGUGAACAGUGCCCCAAAGCUUUCAACUGGAAAUCCAACCUCAUUCGCCAUCAGAUGUCACAUGACAGUGGCAAGCGCUUCGAGUGUGAAAACUGUGAUAAGGUGUUCACAGACCCCAGCAACCUCCAGCGCCACAUCCGCUCUCAGCAUGUCGGUGCCCGAGCCCACACCUGCCCUGAGUGUGGCAAGACCUUUGCCACCUCCUCGGGCCUCAAGCAGCACAAGCACAUACACAGCAGUGUCAAGCCUUUCAUCUUCAUGUGUGUUCUCCCAGGUGAGGUGUGUCACAAAUCGUAUACCCAGUUCUCUAACCUGUGCCGUCACAAACGGAUGCAUGCAGACUGCCGCACCCAGAUCAAGUGUAAAGACUGUGGGCAAAUGUUCAGCACUACCUCCUCCCUCAACAAGCAUCGGCGCUUUUGCGAGGGCAAGAACCAUUAUAAUCCCGGAGGCAUAUUCACAACGGGCAUACCAAUGACAUCCAGUCACAUUUUAGGCAAGUCCAAGUCUCAUCUUGGCUUGAACCAUAGUGGACUUGGCUUCGGUGAUUACUUCCCAUCCAGGCUGCAUCAUGCAGGUUUGCCCUUUUCCCCAGCACCCUCUGCAUUCCCAGCUCUUUCCCAUGGCUUCCCAGGCAUCUUUCCCCCAUCGCUAUAUCCUAGACCGCCAUUGUUACCUCCUAGUUCACUGCUCAAGAGCCCAAUUAGUAACCGUCAGGAUGGGAAGCUGACUCCUCUUGAUGCUCCUACUCUUUCUGCGGUCGCAUCCAUGAACAACAGCAAUGGCAAUGUAGGGAGCGGCCUCAGCAGCCAGUCAGAGGAGAAUCGAGAGUCCAAACUGGACUUGUCAUUCCACGACAACAAGAAUAAAGUGAAGAUGAAUGAAAUGUCUGAUGGUAGUGACUUGGAAGAUGUUAACACGUCUAGCGGCACAGAUCUAGACACCACCACUGGCUCAGAUCUAGAAAGUGAGGCGGAAAGCGAACGGGAGAAGAGCAGGAGGAAACCAGUGCAGGAGAGCAAGCAGGACGAAGUGAGCAGCAGUUCGGUAUCUGUCUCCAGUACAGGGAACCUCCCUUGCGUGCGUCCUUUCCUCUCCUCCCAGCAUUCAUUUUUCCCACCGCCAGAGGAGCAAGCACUUCCACCCUCCGGGGCCACCACUGACUCCAUUAAAGCCAUUGCCUCCAUUGCAGAAAAGUAUUUUGGCCCAGGCUUAAUGGGCUUGCAGGAGAAGAAGAUGGGCUCCUUAAACUACCAUUCCAUGUUCCCUUUCCAGUUUCUGCCCAACUUCCCACAUUCCUUGUACCCGUUCACAGACAGAGCACUCAAUCCUGGCAUGUUCUUCAAACCUGAGCCUAAAUCCCCUCGUGAGCACAUACAGAAAAUACCUACAGCCACUGGUGCGGAUUCACCCUUUGACCUAACCACCAAACCCAAGGAGGUCAAACCUCUUCCUCCACCCCCCAGCAAGCCAGCCUUGCCAUCCAAUCCCCCCUUGGCCCCUGGAGAGGAACAACCUCUGGACCUCAGCAUAGGCAGUCGAAGCCGAGCUAACCAGAACGGUGGCGCACAUGAACAGCGCAAGAAUCACGCCUAUGGCGCAAACUGCAAAGCAGCUAAAGAUGAACACCCAGCACUAACUCAGUCCCAGAACUUGCACCAGCCCCAGAUGCCUCAGCCGCAAGCAUCCCUUCCCCAGCAGCAGCCGCCGCUCCACUACGCCAAGCCCUCGCCAUUCUUCAUGGACCCCAUCUACAGCAGGGUGGAGAAGAGGAAGCUAAUAGACCCAGUAGGAGCUCUAAAGGAGAAGUACCUGAGGCCGGCACAACUACUCUUCCAUCCUCAGGUGUCUGCGAUGGAAAACAUGACUGAGAAGUUGGAAAGCUUUAGCGCUCUGAAACUGGAUGCUCCCAAUUCCCUCCAGCACUCCUCACACCACCUUUUUAACUUCCGCUCCCCGCCUCCUUCUCUCUCCGAUGCUAUCUUACGCAAAGGCAAGGAGCGAUACACCUGCAGGUACUGUGGGAAAAUCUUUCCCAGGUCAGCUAAUCUUACAAGGCACUUACGAACACACACAGGAGAACAACCCUACAGAUGUAAAUACUGUGACCGUUCAUUCAGCAUCUCCUCCAACCUCCAGCGACAUGUGCGUAACAUUCACAACAAGGAAAAGCCGUUCAAGUGCCACCUUUGCAAUCGCUGCUUCGGUCAACAGACCAAUCUGGACCGCCACUUAAAGAAACAUGAACAUGAGAAUAUUCCAGUGAGUCAGCAGUCUGGGAUCCUCUCGAAUUUAGGAACAAAUAUUUCCUCACCGAACUCUGAGUCUGACAAUCAUGCACUUUUGGAUGAGAAGGAGGACUCGUAUUUCUCAGAGAUUAGGAACUUCAUCUCCAAAAGUGAGCUGAACCAGGCCUGUAGCUCCUCGGAGAAAAGGUCAGAGUUGACGGAGGAGGAACAGCCUCAGAGUCACGCUCACACCACCUCAAAACUGGAGGAGGAAGAUGAGGAGAUGGAGGGAGAUGAUGAAGACGAGGAAGGCUCGUUGACAGAAAAGUCGCAGGACGAGACGGCCUCUCCCGCCACUAUGGUGCAGGGCACCUACGACGAGGACGAGGAGCCGACCCCUCUCCCUAUGCCUUACGAACACACGCGCAGGUGUAUUGAGGAGGAUGCAGGCCUGUUAGAUCUGGAACCUCUGGCUGGUUUCCCCAAAGGCCUGGAGUUCCAUAAGGCUGGCGAGGAGCCCUAUGACAUUAAAGACAUUUUUAGCACCUCGGUAGAGUCGGAGGCGCUGAAAGAAACACUUUUCAGGCAGGCUAAAACACAGGCUUAUGCAAUGAUGCUCUCUCUGUCUGAGAACACCAAUCUGCAUUCAUCCUCCCAGAACUCCUUGGAUGCCUGGCUCAACAUAGGAGGAGGGCCGUCGGAGACGAGCUCCUUUCACCCCCUCAACAACAUCUGAGAACACCAACAAGAUAAAGGAGAGAUGGAGGGAGAAAGGAGGAGAGGGCAAGAGACCAACAUGAAGAUGUGUCAAAACGAGCUUGUGAAGGCCAGCAGUGCAACAGUAGACGAAACACCACUAUGCGCGCAAAGAGGAGAACGAACUGUUGAGUGAAUCACAGACGGGAGAGGUAUAAAAACACGAAUGAACUCACCGAAUCCCAGCCAUACAGCAUCUUUCCUGUCUGCAGCUAGCCACUAUAGUGAAGUUCCCUCCUCAUCAGCUGAUUCAAGAGGCAUUCGAAUGACUCUCAAAUCACUUCUCCACCUCAUUUUCAAUGAUAUGCAUUUCAUAGAGACUGCUCUCAAGGGGUUUUUAACAUGUUCUCGGAGAAGCCCAGGAUGGCUUGAGUGGACAGAGUAGUUGAGUGUUUCUUCAACUGGAGAUUUGAACCGUUUCUACUCAGCAUUCCAUUCUCACGUUGAUUUUCUACAGCACUGUACCAAGGUUUCCUUUCUAUUAACUCACAGCCGAAGUCUUACAGUAGACCAUUACUGUAGACAUCAAGGUUGAUUUCCAAUGGCAAUAGAAGCACUUAAGUCUAGCCCAAAACUAGCAUGCUAACUUUCCCCCGAAGGCUCAAUGCCGUUUGUAAGCCACUGUCUCAAAAAGUAAAUGCUGGAAGUCACCUUUGAGAUUUGUGUUUGGCUGCGCGAUCUUGCCUCGUCGCCAGCCGGACCUUCAUAUACGAUAAAUCACGCAGCACGGUUGUUCAUGUGUAUAGCAUCACGGUCAUUGUAAUUAUCGUUGUUAUGGUAAGUAUCUUAGCCGUUUAGUCCCAACUGAAAGUUUGUUUUUAAGAGUUAAAUUAUUCUCCAGUGGGGCAAUUGGAAAACUUUUCUCUUUUUCUUGCAUUCAGUAAUAUGAUUUUUUUUUCUUUUUCUAUGUGAAUUGUUCUUCGGUAAACAGUAUUGUUUCUUUUUGAGCACAUCUGUGCUUAAAUGUUAAUAUAAUUCUUAGUGAAGGACCAAAUUUGUACAAUAUUGUUGUAUGAUGUACAAACUAAGUUAACCAUUGGUAGCAGAGAGUGUCGUGUGCCAAAUAAUCCCCUUUUUUCUUUGACAAUCAUUUUCCCGAGUGGUCGCCUCCACUGUUGGUAGUUUUUUUUUUUCUUCUCCUGUUGUUGCUACUUACAUUGAUGAGAGUUUGUCUUGUAUUUAUGUUUUUUAUGAUUAAUGAAAAAUGAAGAAAAAAAUGACUUGCCCACUCGUUUGAAGGAAUGAAAUAUCACGGAAUAAAUAUAUAUCACGGAAAUUCAGAAUUGUUCAAGCUCUUCGUAAAGAAGCAAGUUGCCAAAAUACAAAAGAAUGCGUUUAUAUUAUGAGCACAUAAUCAUGAAGUCUGGUUUAUGAUGCAUCUGUUCAACCAUCUAGAAAAGUAGGCACUGCGUGAUUUAAGAAAAAAAGAAAAAAAAAACCCGUUUUGACUCAAAUAUCAGGUAACUCAAUAGAGGGGCAUUAUAUGUUGACAUUUUUACACAUUUUAAGCAUCUUCAUUAAAGGAAAUGGGUCGACGGUGUAUCUCUGGGUUCAAAUCGCAUGUUUUCAAUGUUCCAUUUGUUUGGGAAGAGCCAUAUACUGUACAUCAGCCAGUCCUAGACAUCAUAUCAAAUUCUACAUAACUCAAAUACUUAAUAUUAUGCAUCCCAGAAGAGACACCAGAAGCGAGAGGGCUAAAAAUGGAUCAUGAUCAAAUGGUGAGCAGCUACAUUUAACGUUCACAAGAGCAUGGAGAGAUGCCCAAAUCCACGAGUCCUCAUCCAACUCCUGAACUGUGAAGCCAGCGAAUGAAUCGUAAACAGCUGGAUGCAUAUCAUGAAUGUGUAGAGUAGAUGUAAUACGUAGGUUAGGAGUCAAACUUACCUUCUCUCGAUUGAAUGUCUUUUUGGUCAGGAACUCAUACUCUCCUCACUUCUAUUUGGAUGAUUAAGGACUCUCUGGAAUCAGCACUUAAAUCGAACACAUACCCCUGUCUGCCUACUUCAUGCUUUCCUUUACACCUUAGUACUGAUUUUAAUGACAUUUUCUAAGCAAGGCUGGUUUUAACAAGCACUUUAACUCUUGGGUCAAACAGGCAUUUUUAUCAGAUGCUUUCAAAUAAAACAGCAAAGUACAUUCAAGCGUUGUUAGAAGAACUUGUUGGUUUUGAACAUUAGAAAUAUUGUGUUUUCACUGCGAACACAAACCAGGCAAGAUGGACUUGACUGGCCUUUCACAGGGAAUCCAUCUGCUUGAUAACACUGUGUAAAAACUUGCAGCAGUGUCGUAUUUCAAUAUAUUACCAUGUGGCGCACCGUGUAAUCUUACCUAUCUCCUCACUAUAUCAUUUACUCAAACCCUUGAGUAAAAAGCCUGUUUGAUGCAUAUUGGAUUGCUGGGAUGUAAUGGGAUUAUGAGUAUGGAGAAGUCAUGUCACAUACUACUGUACUUAGCAAGCGCUGUAGGUGAAGAAAUUGACCCACACUGAUUAAAUCAUCAUGGAAAAUGGUCAAAAAAUGAACAAUGCAGAUGUCCUUGGCCCACUGUUACAUU